GUUGGAUGAGUUCAUUGAAGUAGUAAACUUAAACGAUUUAAAUUAAAGAUUAGCAUAGAACAAACCAUCAUGCAAUCAGCAACGGCAAAAGCAAAAUCAAUUUAUGAAUUUACCGCCACCGAUCUGAACGGCAACGAGGUUUCGCUCGACCGCUACCAGGGAUCAGUGUGCCUGAUCGUGAACUUCUCCACCAAGGAUGCUGCCUUUGAGAAGGUGUUGGGUCUUCUCACGCCACUGGUCCGAAAGUAUCACACCGAGACUCGAAAAGAUUUGAACGUCCUCUUCUUCCCAUGCUUCCAAUUCGGCUCCAAAGAAACGCCGGACGAAAUCGUGCAGCGGUUCGAGAGCAACAGCGGCGGCAUGAUUGGUGAGAUUUUCACCGAGAUUGAGGUGAAUGGCUCGAAAGCCCCCGGACUGUACAAGUAUCUGAAGGCGAAAAAGCCGGGCAACUGUGGCGGAUUCAUAAACAGCAACUUUACCAUCUUUCUUACCGAUCGUCAUGGCGUAGCGGUGGAAAGGUUGAACGCUGGAAUUCAUCCUUACACGCUCGAGGACAUGGUCGAGAAUCUGUUGCGAUAAACUGUGCCGCCACUGAUUCUAGCAAUAAAGUCGAGAAAACAUCACGCCUGGCUGCAACUUGUUUGUUUUUAGAA